AUGGCGGCCGGCGCUGAGCAGCGGCGCUUUGUGCUCCGGGAGAGUGAUAGCAAAGCUCGGGGAGAUGUGGGCGCCGAUGGACACCGAGAGCAGCACGGCACUGAGCAGCACAUGAGUGUGACACCUCUGCACGUUGCACCUCCAUGCAUUGCUCCUCUGCAGGCUGCAUCUCCAUCCGUUGCACCUCCACCCGCUGCACCGCUGUCCACUGCACCUCUGCACGUUGCACUCCCAUUCAUUGCACCUCCAAGCAUUGCACCUCCACAUGUUGCAUCUCCAUCCGUUGCACCUCUGCACAUUGCACCUCCAUUUAUUGCACCUCCAUGCAAUGCAUCUCUAUCCACUGCACCUCCAUGCAAUGCAUUUCCAUCCACUGCACCUCUGCACAUUGCACCUCCAACCAUUGCACUCCUUUCUCUUGCACCUCCACACACUGCAUCUCCACUCAUUACACCUCCAUGCAUUGCAUCUCCAAGCAUUGCACCUCCACGUGUUGCACCUCCAUCCGUUGCAUCUCUGCACGUUGCACCUCCAUUUAUUGCACCUCCAAGCAUUGCACCUUCAUUCAUUGCACCUCCAUGCAAUGCAUCUCCAUCCGCUGCACCUCUGCACAUUGCACCUUCAUUUAUUGCACCUCCACUCACCUCAUCUCCAUCCACUGCAAUUCUGCACAGUGCACCUCCAAGCAUUGCACCUCCAAGCAUUGCACCUCCAAGCAUUGCACCUCCAAGCAUUGCACCUCCAAGCAUUGCACCUCUGCAUGUUGCAUCUCCAUCCAUUGCACUCCUUUCUCUUGCACCUCCACACAUUGCAUCUCCACUCAUUACACCUCCAUCCAUUGCACCUCCACGCACUGCACCACCAUCCAUUGCAGCUCUGCACAUUACACCUCCAUGCACUGCACCUCCACUCACCUCAUCUCCAUCCACUGCAAUUCUGCACAUUGCACCUCCACUCAUUGCACCUCCAAGCAUUGCACCUCCAAGCAUUGCACCUCCACAUGUUGCAUCUCCAUCCACUGCACCUCUGCGUGUUGCACCUCCAACCAUUGCACUCCUUUCUGUUGCACCUCCACACAUUGCAUCUCUACUCAUUACACCUCCAUCUGUUGCACCUCCAAGCAUUGCAUCUCUAUCCACUGCAGCUCUGCACAUUGCACCUUCAUCCAUCACACCCCUAUCCGUUGCACCUCCAUCCACUGCACCUUUGCACAUAGCACCUCCAUGCACUGCAUCUCUAUCCAUUACACCUCUGCACGUUGCACCUCUGCAGACUGCACCUCCUUGUGAUGCACCUCCACUCACUGCAUCUCCAUCCGUUGCACCUCUGUGCAUUGCACCUCCAUUUCUUGCACCUUCACUCACCUCAUCUCCAUCCACUGCACUUCUGCACGUUGCACCUCCGUUUAUUGCACUUCCAUUCAUUGCACCUUCAUUCAUUGCAUCACCAUGCAUUGCACCUCUGCAUGUUGCACCUCCAUUUAUUGCACCUUCAUUCAUUGCACCUCCAUGCAUUGCACCUCCACACAUUGCAUCUCCAUGCAUUGUACCUCUGCACGUUGCACCUCCACUUACUGCACUUCCAUUCAUUGCACCUUCAUUCAUUGCACCUUCAUUCAUUGCACCUCCAUGCAAUGCACCUCUGCACAUUGCACCUCCAUGCAUUGCACCUCCACACACUGCACCUCCGUGCAUCGCACCUCUGCAUGUUGCACCUCCAUUCAUUGCACCUUCAUUCAUUGCACCUCCAUGCAACGCAUCUCCGUCCAUUGCACCCCUGCACAUUGCACCUCCAUGCACUGCACCUCCACACACUGCAUCUCCAUGCACUGCACCUCCACACACUGCACCUCUGUGCACUGCACUCCUACCUCUUGCACCUCCUGUGCUUCGGGGAACGGUCGAAGCCGUUUGCAAAUGA